ACGCCUUUGAUUGGGCGUCCCGCCCGAGCUGCGCAGCACGGCGGCUUCCCAUUGGCUGCUCGGGCGGCGGGAGAGGGCCGGCUGCCCGUUGCUAGGGGCGGCGGAUGGCGGCGGAUGGCGGCGGCGGCGGCUCCUCCAUGGAGACGGGGCUGAGCGGGGAGCCUGCAGCCGGCGGCCCAGACGCGGGGACUCCCCCUAGCGGAGCGAGGAGCCCUCCAUGGGGGGAGGCCCAGCCCUCGGGAAAAUGGGAGAGUGAGAGAGCUCAUGUUGAAGCCAAGCAGCUGCACUUCUGAGUGGGAAACUCUGGACUGAUCUCAUGGCUUGCUUUUUAUUUCAGUAAUCCUUCAUUAUCUCUGAAAAUGAACCAUUUGUGAAGCUCUUCUCCUAACUCUCCUUAUCCCUCUCUGACGAGGUGGCUGCUUUGCAAGGGAAGAAAUGGCAUGAAGUAAAUGACUCAACUAGAAAGCAAUCUGCUUUGCCAAAGUGCCCAGUGAGCAGCACUGUCACUUUAAUAAUUCCAGGUCAAGGGAUUGCUUUCCUCCUUUUCAAUCCUCUCUUUUAAUACAUGGGAGGAUCAGAGGGACAUUAAAGACCGUAAGGCUGGGUGGCUUGCAGAUAAUAAAAAUGAAAGUGACUGGCCAGUGAUUUCUGGUGGGUAAGAGGGUGAUACUUGAAGGCUGUUGUCUGGUGAGGAAAAAGGGACCUUUUCAGUCUGCUGUGUAAUCAAUACAGAGCUAGCAAAAUUCAUUCAAGAAGUGAAAGAAGUUUAAAGAGUCACUUUGGAUUGUUUUUUGUCUUCCUCCUCCUUUGGAUUAUUUGGGAGUUUUUGUCCUGCAAAUAACAUGUUUUUGAGCAUGUACAGGUGGAGUAUUGAGACAGCUGCCUAGAGGUGGACUGUGCCUUAAUUGUAUUGCAUAAAAUCUUUUAAUUUUCAAACUUUGCUGCCAGAAGAGGAGUUGUAAUAGGGUUUUGUAUUGCCAAGGAGCAUUUUCUCUUGUAUUUUUAUAGAUUCAAAUAUAUUUUAAAGAAAUUGAAAGCAUCUCUUAAAUCAAAAAGCUUCUUUUUUUUCCCCUUUUUUCUUAUUUAUGGGAAGCAUCGGAAAUCCAAUACAAGAAAACAGCAAGUACUGAUAGAAAUGAAGAUUGAAGCUGCAUUUCCUAACUGAACUGUAGAAGUGUUUUGCAAUAGAUAGCCAGAUCCUGACCUCGCAGUGCUCCAGUAGUACAUCGUUAAUACCUAAAUAAGUGCUUGCAACCAGAUUCAGAAGUAGGAGGAAGAAUGCCAGUCAAGAAGAAAGAUACUGACCGAGCUCUAGUGCUGCUGGAAGAAUAUUGUAAAAAACUGAGGAAGCCAGAAGAGCAACAACUGAAAAAAGCCAUCAGAAAAGUAAUGGGCAUCUUUAAGAGCAGCUUGUUUCAGGCACUUCUAGAUAUCCAAGAGUUUUAUGAAGUGACCCUGCUAAAUUCCCAGAAAAGCUAUGAGCAAAAAUUAGAAGAAGCAAACCAAGUUGCAGAGAAAUGGGAGAAGACAACAUCUCCUGCUACAGGACAAGAAAAUCUGCAGAAAACCCUAGAGGCUGCAGAUUCCAAUGGAUCAGAAGGAUCUGGACAAUGUGGGGAACACAAUAAGGAGAACCAGACUUUUGAAAAUUAUGCGGUAGAGACGAAGACAAAGAAAGGCCAAGAGGAAGAGAAUCCCACAGGUAGAGGCCUUCAGCUGGGACCUUUUCCUGAAAUGGAAUGGACUAAUGCACAGAAAUACCGCUAUCAAGAUGAGGAUGUUCCACAUGAUCAUACCUUGCCUCGAUUAACCCAUGAAGUGAGAGGCCCAGAGCUUGUUCACGUGUCAGAGAAGAACUUGUCUCAAAUAGAGAAUGUCCACGGAUAUGUCUUACAGUCGCACAUUUCUCCUUUGAAGGCAAGCCCUGCCCCUAUAAUUGUCAACACAGACACCUUGGACACAAUCCCCUAUGUCAAUGGAACGGAAAUUGAAUAUGAAUUUGAAGAAAUUACAUUGGAAAGGGGGAAUUCUGGCCUGGGGUUCAGUAUUGCUGGAGGAACAGAUAACCCACACAUUGGGGAUGAUCCUGGGAUAUUCAUAACUAAGAUUAUACCAGGAGGAGCUGCAGCAGAGGAUGGAAGACUCAGGGUCAAUGACUGCAUCUUGCGAGUGAAUGAGGUGGAUGUGUCAGAAGUCUCACACAGCAAAGCUGUGGAGGCCCUAAAAGAGGCUGGCUCCAUAGUCCGAUUGUAUGUUCGUCGAAGAAGACCUAUUCUGGAGACCGUGGUAGAGAUCAAGUUGUUCAAAGGACCUAAAGGUCUGGGUUUCAGUAUCGCAGGAGGGGUGGGAAACCAACACAUCCCUGGGGACAACAGCAUUUAUGUCACCAAGAUUAUCGAUGGAGGAGCUGCACAAAAAGAUGGGAGGUUGCAGGUUGGAGAUAGACUUCUUAUGGUAAAUAAUUACAGUUUAGAAGAAGUUACCCAUGAAGAGGCAGUAGCGAUACUGAAGAACACAUCAGAUGUAGUGUAUCUGAAAGUUGGAAAGCCCACCACCAUUUACAUGACUGAUCCUUAUGGCCCACCAGAUAUUACUCACUCUUAUUCUCCACCGAUGGAAAAUCAUAUACUCUCUUCUGGAAACAACGGCACUUUAGAGUACAAGGCAUCUCUGGCCCCUAUCUCACCGGGAAGAUAUUCACCCAUUCCAAAGCACAUGCUGGUGGAGGAUGACUACACCAGGCCUCCUGAACCUGUUUACAGCACUGUGAACAAACUGUGUGAUAAACCACCUUCUCCUAGGCACUAUUCCCCUGUCGAGUGUGACAAAAGCUUCCUUCUUACAGCUCCCUAUCCCCACUACCACGUAGGCCUGCUCCCUGACUCUGAGAUCACCAGUCAUUCCCAGCACAGCACUGCAACGCGGCCACCCACAGUGAGCUUGCAGCGGACCAUUUCUGUGGAAGGAGAGCCUCGAAAAAUCAUCCUGCACAAGGGCUCCACAGGACUUGGUUUUAACAUUGUGGGAGGAGAAGAUGGGGAAGGCAUUUUCGUGUCUUUCAUCCUAGCAGGCGGGCCUGCUGAUCUCAGUGGAGAACUGCAGAGAGGAGAUCAAAUUUUGUCUGUGAAUGGUAUUGAUCUUCGAGGUGCUACCCACGAGCAGGCUGCAGCGGCACUAAAAGGAGCAGGGCAGACGGUAACAAUCAUAGCACAAUACCAGCCGGAGGAGUACGCUCGGUUUGAGGCAAAAAUCCAUGACCUGCGUGAGCAGAUGAUGAAUCACAGCAUGAGUUCUGGGUCUGGCUCCCUGAGGACUAAUCAGAAGAGUCACUGUAUGUCAGAGCUAUGUUUGACUAUGAUAAGAGCAAAGACAGUGGCCUCCCAAGCCAAGGACUCAGUUUUAAGUACGGAGACAUCCUUCACGUCAUCAACGCCUCAGAUGAUGAAUGGUGGCAGGCGAGAAGGGUCACUCUGGAGGGAGACAGUGAGGAGAUGGGAGUUAUACCCAGCAAGAGGAGAGUUGAAAGAAAGGAGCGUGCCCGUUUGAAGACGGUGAAAUUCAAUGCGAAGCCUGGUGUAAUUGAUGCAAAAGGGUCAUUCAAUGACAAGCGUAAAAAGAACUUCAUCUUUUCACGAAAAUUCCCAUUCUACAAGAGCAAGGAGCAGAGUGAGCAGGAAACAAGUGAUCCAGAAC